AUGUCGAAAGCUCUAGGAACAUUCCGUGCCGUAUACCUUGUAGCUCUUUGCUGCGUUGGGUCUUUUCUAUUUGCCUACGAUACCGGUAUUAUUGGUGGCAUUCUUACAUUCGAGGGCUUCCAAAAUGACUUCCGAUAUGGUCCAUCUCAGAAGGCGACUGUUGGCUCAAACUCUACCAGUUUGUUGCAGGCAGGCGCUUUCUUCUCCUGCUUCUUCGUCUGGCCCUUUACCGCAAAGUUCGGCCGCAGAUGGUCAAUCAUUCUCGCUUCAGCUAUAUUCUGCAUCGGCGCCAUCGUCCAAACCAUUAACACACAUUCGCUUGCCGCUUUCUAUGUAGCUCGUGUCGUUAGUGGUGUCGGUGUUGGCAUGGCCACCGUCGUGAUUCCCAUGUACUCCGCUGAAAUGGCACCCAAGAACAUUCGUGGCAUGCUCGGCAGCAUGUUCCAAUUCUUCUUCACAAUGGGAGUCAUGACAUCGUACUGGAUAGACUACGGCGUUAGCAAGCACAUCAAACCUUCAACUGUCCAAUGGCAGAUUCCUGUAGGCUUACAGCUUGUCCCAGGAGCGAUUUUGGGAUUGGGAAUGUUGCUUUGCAAGGAGAGUGUGCGGUGGUUGGCCAAGACCGGGCGCCGGGAAGAGGCGCUAGAGUCACUAAUAUGGGUUCGUGGCGGUGAGAAUACGACUGAAGUCCAAGAAGAAUUUGCCGAGAUCAUUCUUAGCAUUGAUGAGGAGCAAGCUCAGAAAGAAGGCCUUACAUGGAGAGAACUGGCUCAACCCUCCAACCGAUACCGCAUUAUCCUCAUCAUUGCUCUCCAGAUUGGUGUUCAACUGACUGGUAACACAUCAUUGGCGUACUAUGCACCUCAGGUAUUUGCAGCAGUUGGCGCCGGUCAGAACAACCUCCUCAUCACAGGUUUCUUUGGUCUCGUCAAGGUCGUAUCUUGUCUCUUCUACCUUCUUUUCCUUGUCGAACGCAUUGGCCGCCGUGGCUCCCUUCUCGCUGGAGCGUUCCUCAUGGGCACUUACAUGCUCAUAAUUGCUUGCUUGACCGCAACACACCCACCGAAAUCUGUCGAUCAGGGCUUGACUUCUACAGCUAUUGCUUCUAUGACAAUGAUUUAUCUGGAGGCCAUGUCCUACAACAUUUCAUGGGGCCCAGCACCUUGGGUCUACAUGGGCGAAAUCUUCCCAUCCCGCAUCCGUGAAGCUGGAAUCGCGAUCGGAACCUCGACACAGUGGCUCUUCAACUUUGUCUUCUCUCAGGUCACCCCUCAUGCAGUGCAGAACCUUGGCUGGAGAACAUUUCUCAUGUUCUGUAUCUUCAACUGGGCUCUCGUGGUCUUUGUCUGGUUUUUUAUCAAAGAGACGAAGGGAAAGUCCCUCGAAGAGAUGGAAGAACUGUUUUCUGGGAGAAUCUUUGGCAACGAUAGCGAGACGGCAUCCGAAAAGCGAACUGAGGAGCCAAAGUCAACUGAAAUUUCCCAAGAUGCUAAGCAUAAAAGUUGA